AUGGUCCUUACCCCGAAACAGAAGGCAGAGCUGCACGCAGCCAUAGCGGACUACUUGAGCACCGCAGGCUAUACCAGUGCACUCAAAGCUUUCAUCGACGAUGCGGGACUGGACAAGGAGUCCGUUGCCAGCAUCGAUCCAAAGGACGCUGGGCUGCUGGAGAAGAAAUGGACCUCAGUCGUCCGCCUGCAAAAGAGGGUCAUGGAGCUUGAGGGGCAGGUAGCUUCGUUGCAGUCCGAGCUGAAGAGCGCAGACCCUGGAGGGGCCCGGAGGAAGGUGGAACAGGGGAGACAGAUACCACGAGCUCCGCAUGUCAAGACCUUGACCGGACACAGGAGCCCGCUUUCACGAGUCAUCUUUCACCCCGUCUUCGCGGACGUCAUCACGUGCUCGGAGGAUGCGAGCAUCAAGUUGUGGGACCUCGACUCGGGGAGGUUGAGCAGCACGUUGAAGGGGCACACGGCAAGCGUGAACGACGUGUCGUUGAACUCCGACGGGACGGUGCUUGCCUCCGGGUCGUCAGACUUGUCGGUCAAGCUUUGGAAGUUGGGAGACUCGAACGAGUGCCUCAGGACGCUCAGGGGACAUGAACAUUCUGUUUCCGGGGUGACAUCAACUCUCCUUGAUCAGAUCUCUGCUUCGCGGGACACGACGAUCAAAGUCUGGGAGGCAAAGAGCGGCUACUGCGUCAAGACUCUGACUGGGCACAGCGAGUGGGUCCGCCGGAUCAUUACAAGCUCCGUCCGACCGCUCUGCUUCUCCUGCUCGAGUGACAAGACGGUCAAAGUUUGGGACGUCAACCAAGGAUCUCCGAGCAUCAGGGAGCUCCGAGGACACGAGCAUGUCAUCGAGUGCCUCGCCCUGAGCGUUCAUCGCUUCUGGGAGCAGGUGAAUCGUGCGAGAUGCAGGGGGAGGAUUGUUGAGGGAGAGAGCAGGGACAAGUCGAUUCGAAUAUGGCACGUGGAAAGCGGGAAAUGCAUCCUCGUCCUCCAAGGUCACGACAACUGGGUCAGAGACGUAUGCUUCCAUCCCAACGGACUCUUCCUCCUAUCCGUCUCAGACGAUCGGAGCUUGAGAGUCUGGGACCUCGAACAGGCUCGAUGCCUGAAGACCCUCGCGGACGCGCACGACCACUUCGUCUCCUGCCUCGCUAUCGAUCCGCAGGGAUCCUUGCUCGCUACUGGAAGCGUUGACUCAGCCGUUCGUGUAUGGGAGUGCGUCUAG